AUGCUCUCUUCAUCCAGAAUGCCCUUGCUGCUAGGAAGUGUGGUCGCCUUGGGUUACUUCUCCCAGCUGGUGGCUUCAGACUCUAUCCAAAGUCAUUGGACGACUCCAGAUGGAUCGGAAUCGGAUCUCUCGCAAACCUUCACUAAUGGCGAAACAAUUGCUGUUGCCUGGACUGGCUGGGAUUCAGGCUGGACGGACGGAUAUAUGGACGGUCAAACUGUGGCAGAUCUAUGGGUGACCUCAUUUUCUUGGGAUGCCCUCGAAUAUUCUUCCUUGCUCACGACUAAUCGAAAUAUUUCGAAUGCCGGAUCCUACUCUUGGACGAUAGACAUCAGUAGCUCAGCUUUGAGUAAAUCAGCCAAAUAUGUUCUUCGAUUCGGAGUCCCAGUGACAACCUUCAACAUAAGUGCGGAGAUGAUCGAUUCGCCCGGGUUUUUAGUGAUUUCUGGAUCAACAACUACCACUUCUUCGUCGACUUCAUCUACUACCUCUACUACAUCUUCCUCAUCAUCUACCUCUUCUUUAUCGACUACCACUUCUUCCACCAACGCUGAUUCGACUACGGCCACUUCGACAAAUGGCACAAUCACUACUUCACAAAAAUCGACCAGUACUGGUCUUAGUACCGGUGCCAAAGCCGGAGCCGGUGUCGGAGGAGCGAUUGCCGGUAUUGCGCUAAUUGGUGCUCUCGCAUAUUUCAUAAUACGCCGUAUGCGAAAGGGCAAUUCGUCAUCUGAUACUGUUCCCAAUAAAGAUCAUGGCGAUUUUACCAAGUCGGAGCUUAUGCCAAUGUAUACACAGAGGCCUGAUCAAGAAUCAAAUACGAUGAACAUGGCUACGCAAGAGCCACUCAAAGACUGCUCUGUUGGGCAUCCGGAAUCUGCUCCUAUGUAUACGCAGGGGGCCGUUCCGGAGACAGAUAAAAUCUAUAAGUCGGAACUCGCUUCGACGGGGCCGCAGCAGACGCAUCAGGAACUUUAUUCAGAGCAUGUUCCGCUUCCUGCUGAGUUGGGUUCGGAAUAUGCUGAGCUACCUGCUGAGCUGGAUUCACAACAUUAUCCCAACCACCGAUGA